UGAGCGCCGCAGCAAAAGUUGAGCUACGGAAGCGGAACACGUCCGUCGCUGGACGGAGGCGUUUAACGGAGUUACAAACGCCGUUCAGAAGGCUCUGUCUGCGCGUUACAGCAUGGAUGGCGCGCAGAGGACACGCGUGUCUCUGCUCGGAUGCGUCGCGCUGUUUCUCGGCGCCGUGAACGCGUUCAGCCCCACGGACAGCGAGUUCACGUUCCUGCUGCCAGCUGCCAGCAAAGAGUGUUUCUACCAGAGCACCGUUCAGAACGGCAGCGUCGAGAUCGAGUACCAGGUGAUCGCUGGAGCAGGUAUGGAUGUGGAUUUCUCCAUCGUCUCUCCUCAGGGCAUCCACCUGGUCUCGGAGUUUCGUCGCUCCGACGGCGUUCACAUGGUGGAGCCCACGGAGGCGGGAGACUAUCAGAUCUGCUUCGACAACAGCUUCAGCAGGUUCUCCGAGAAGAUGGUCUUCUUCGAGGUCAUCCUGGAAAGCCCAGCCAAUGACGCCGGGGCGGACGAUGAGUGGGCGGGGCUUGGAGAGCCAGAGAGCCUAUUAGAGUACAAGCUGGAGGACAUAAAGGAGUCGAUGGAGACGGUUCACCGGCGGCUGGAGCGCAGUCGUCAGAUGCAGACGGUCCUGAGGGCCUUCGAGGCGCGCGACAGGAACCUGCUGGAGGACAACCUGUGGCGGGUCUCCUUCUGGUCCUGUGUCAACCUGCUGGUGAUGCUGAGCGUGGCGCUGACGCAGGUGUACACCGUCCGCCGGCUGUUCGACGACAGGAGGAGGGUCUGCUCCUGAGAACACAGACCACACACAGCCAGAGACUGUCCAGCAGGGAGGACCGCGCUUCAUCUGGUGCGAGGAUGCAGGACUUUACCUGUCUUCCUGUCGCCUGAAUGUUCAUAGUUUUGUCUUUUUUUUAGUCCCGUUCGUUCAUGAGAUGAUGCUGUUUUGGGGAAAUGUGCUGUUAUCGUCAACAAAGGCAAUGUUCGGUACAGCUGUGUGCUUUUUAUACACAUUAAAUCUAAUAAAAGGGGUGUAUGUUUGUA